GCUGUAGCCUCCGCUGCCGAGCUCAGAGGGCUCAAGAAAAGGAUGGUCUACACGGUGCUUCUUUAUGGCGGUUCCUGGGCGUAUCUCCUGGAGAGACUGGCGUAUCAUCUAUCCUACCUGCAGGUUCUUUACCCCCUGCUGGUGAUCGCUAUUGGCGAAGAUGCUGCGACGGCGUGUCGCGAUCUGAUGUCAGAAGAUUUCGGUCUCAAGGUGAUCUGCUGGAUCCCGGACACUAUGUCACAG